CUUUGUGUGUAGUGGUUUUGGUGAAUCCGAAUAAUUCGACAUCGUAAAAACAAUAGGACUAUUAAAAUUACCCAGCCAUGCUUACUACUGUGAUAUGAAUCUUCAGGUGUAGGCCUACUCAUCGCUGUAUGCCAAUGUAAAACUGGAAUCCUUGGCUGCAUGGUAAUGCGUCAUAAUGGGCCCGGACUUCGACGUGAAGACCUUCUGCCACAACCUGCGGGCCACCAAGCCUCCGUACGAGUGCCCCGUGGAGAGCUGCCGCAAGGUCUACAAGAGCUACAGCGGCAUCGAGUACCACCUCUACCACUACGACCAUGACAACCCCACGCCCGCCCAGGGCAGCGUCCCCCCGAAGCGCCGCAAGGGCCGUCCGCCGCGCGUCUCCCAAAUCGGGAGCGACGAGGGGGGCGCCGGAGGGGAUCACGGUGUCUCGCCGGGCAGCGGGGCGAGGCGGACGCCGGGAAGCCCGCAGAACCAGUCGGAACACUCGGGGCACUCGCCCGGCAGGGAGACCAUGACGUACGCCCAGGCGCAGCGCAUGGUGGAGCUGGAGAUCCAGGGACGCAUCCAUCGCAUCAGCAUCUUCGAGAACCUGGACGUGUUGUCCGAGGACGAGAACGGGACGGACGAUCACACCAACGAGGGUGGGGGUGGCAUGUACAAUGGGGGCGGAGGGGGCGGGGGUGGGGGCGGUUCAGUCGGUGGAACCGGGGACAUGGCAGGCGGGAGCAGUGACGGGGCCAACAGUGGCAACACUGCCAAAUGUGCGGGGUCCACGCCUAAGCCUGGCAAGCACAAAAGCAAAGACAAGAAGAAGGAGGGCGUGAGCUCGUACCCGGCGGUGAAACUACCUGAGGUUGUGUACCGGGAGCUGGACCAGGAGAGGCCUGACGCGCCACCACGACCGUCAUCAUACUACAGAUACAUAGACAAGUCUUUGGAAGAACUGGAUGAAGAGGUGGAAUACGACAUCGACGAGGAGGACUACAUCUGGCUUGACAUCAUGAACGACAAACGGCGUAGCGAUGGUGUGACGCCAAUACCUCAAGAGGUCUUCGAGUAUCUGAUGGAUCGGUUGGAGAAGGAGUCGUACUUUGAAAGCCAUAACAAGGGAGACCCCAACUCUCUGAUCGACGAGGACGCGGUCUGCUGCAUCUGCAACGACGGCGAGUGCCAGAACAGCAACGUCAUCCUCUUCUGCGACAUGUGCAACCUGGCGGUGCACCAGGAGUGCUACGGGGUGCCCUACAUCCCCGAGGGACAGUGGCUGUGUCGCCGGUGUCUGCAGUCGCCCUCGCGAGCCGUCGACUGCGCCCUGUGCCCAAACAAGGGAGGCGCCUUCAAGCAGACCGACGACUCCCGAUGGGCACAUGUGGUCUGUGCACUGUGGAUCCCAGAGGUAUGCUUUGCGAACACGGUCUUCCUGGAGCCCAUCGACAGCAUCGAGCACAUCCCGCCGGCGCGCUGGAAGCUGACCUGCUACAUCUGCAAGCAGCGCGGCUCUGGCGCCUGCAUCCAAUGCCACAAGGCCAACUGCUACACGGCCUUCCACGUGACCUGCGCGCAGCAGGCCGGCCUCUACAUGAAGAUGGAGCCCGUCAGGGAAACCGGCGCCAACGGCACCUCCUUCAGCGUCCGCAAGACGGCCUACUGCGACAUCCACACGCCGCCCGGCACCGCCAGGCCACUAGGGGGCAGCCUGGGCACCGGCAGCCUGGGGUCGUCCAACAGCGACGGGGAAGGAGCGGAGGAGGAGGAUGAGCUGGUGGUGACCGGGGAGGAGGAGGGGAAGGGAGGCUGGAACUCGGAGAGGGCCAAGAGGGCGAAGGCCAAGUCCAGACUGAAGAUGAAGAGGGCCAGGAAGAUACUGGCGGAGAAGAGGGCGGCCGCACCCGUGGUGUCCGUACCCUGCAUACCUCCACACAGGUUGAGUAAAAUCACCAGCAACUUGGAGGUGCCCAGGAAGAGUCAGUUCAUGCAGCGCCUGCACAGCUACUGGACCCUGAAGAGGCAGAGUAGGAAUGGAGUCCCCCUGCUCAGGCGUCUACAGACACACUUUCAAUCCCAACGCACUAACGAACAAGUGCUUCCCGCUAUAGUAAGUACUAUCUACAGACACACUUUCAAUCCCAACGCACUAACGAACAAACUAGACAGUGAAGACAAACACGCAGCACUAAAGGAACAGCUCAAGGCCUGGCAGAGGCUACGGCACGAUCUUGAGAGAGCCAGACUACUCGUCGAACUCAUUCGCAAGAGAGAAAAGCUCAAAAGAGAGACGAUCAAAGUGCAGCAGCUGGCGCUGGAGAUGGAGCUGACCCCCUUCCUGGUGCUGUUGAGGAACACGCUGGAGCAGCUGCAGGAGAGGGACACCAGCAACUUCUUCACCGAGCCCGUGCCCCUCAGCGAGGUCCCUGACUACCUGGACCACAUUGAUCGGCCGAUGGACUUCCAGACCAUGUGGAGUCUGCUGGAGGGACACCACUACCCAAACUUCCAAGCCUUCGAGUCGGACUUUCUGCUUAUUGUCAAUAACUGUCUGAAGUACAACGCCAAAGACACUGUGUUUUAUCGAGCCGCCUUGAGACUUCGCGAAACAGGCAACUUUGUACUCCGGCAAGCUCGGCGGCAGGCGGAAAUCGUGGGGUAUGAUUUCGAAACGGGUUUACAUUUACCGCGAGAGCCCAGCCCGGAGAGAGAGGAGGACUGCGAGCGGGAGAGCGAGCGGGAACAGGAGUGGGAUCCGGACAGGAUGGCCUCGGUCAUGGAGGAGGAGUUACUUCUGCCAGAGAAUCGAAGCAGGCGUGGCAGCUUGCCACUACUAGACGAGCAGUUGCAAAUCUUGCAAGGGCGCUUUGAGGAAGCCAGUUCUGGAAAGCAUACUAGUGUCUCGGCGCGGUCUCGGCGCAACAAAGCACUUCGAAAAGAGAUGAUGAUGAUGAUGGCUACUGGGGUUAAGCGCAGCAAGCUGUCGCAUCACCAGCGCGAUCGGGAUCGGGAUCGGGAUGGGGGUGAUGGAGGAGGUGUCGGAGGAGGCGCGGCUGAGGACCGAGGAGGGUCUUCUGCUCUGCUGCCCCACCGGCUCUCGGUAGGCUCAGGACAGGACGAGGAUGAGGAGGAGGAGAGCAGCAGCCAAGAGAAAGAGCUGAGCACGUCGUCCUCGGUGGCCCCAGAGGUAGGCCGGCGGACGUCUGUGCUGUUCUCCAAGAAGAACGCGCGGGUAGGUGGCCCGCCCAAGCGGCCGGGGCGACCGCCGAAGAACCGGGACGCGCUGCACCUCUGCUCCCCGGUGACCUCGGGAACCAUCGGACCCCCGCAGCUGCCCAUGAUGAACCCCAUACACCCCAAGAAGAAGAUGAGGAGCCCCCGCACCAGCUCCAGCUCCGAGAGCGAGAGCGAUAACGACGACCCUCUUCCUGGAUUGCCCAGUAAUGGCUUUGACGGGGGCAGCCAGCCGGUGACGGAGAGUUUCCGUGUCUACCGUAACGAGCGCAGCUUACCGCGCUCCAGCUCCGACUCCGAGUCCACCAGCAGCAGUAGCAGCAGCGCCGCCUCAGACAGGACCAGCACCACUCCGUCCAAACUGGGCCGUGGGAAGCCUCAAUUCUCCCGCUCCGCUUUCCAGGAGGACAGCAGUGAGGAGACGUCGGGGACGGAGAAUGACAGCUACUCUGUGGGGGCAAACCGGGGCGUGUCACACAUGGUCCGAGGUCGCAGUAGGUCGGGUUGCUGGAUGACGUCAGAUGACUACACGACCCUAGAUGCCCUGGACCUUGUGUGGGCCAAGUGUCGGGGGUACCCUUCAUAUCCAGCACUGAUCAUAGACCCCAAGAUGCCUCGUGAGGGGGUGUUCCACAGGGGUGUGCCGAUCCCCGUGCCCCCGCUCGACGUGCUGAAGCUGGGGGAGCAGAUGACACAGGAGGCCCAUGAGCACCUCUACCUGGUCCUGUUCUUCGACAACAAGAGGACCUGGCAGUGGCUGCCGCGCUCCAAGCUGGUGCCUCUGGGCGUGGACCAGGAGCUGGACAAGGAGAAGAUGCUGGAGGGCAGGAAGUCCAACAUCAGGAAGUCGGUGCAGGUGGCGUACCACCGCGCCAUGCAGCACCGCAACAAGGUGCAGGGGGACCCCAGCAGCGACACCAGCGACACCGACUAGACCGGCCCGGCGGACGACGACGACGUUUUUCAUUCGAGGGGCCACUACAAAGUCCUCCAAGGGCCGUACUAUGAUGAACACAAACCAGCAUUUCUCCCUGUACUUUAAGGCCUACAUUGAAGAAAGGCGGUCACCUUCACAAAAGCCCCUGACUUUACUAGGUCCCCGGAAAAUAUAACUUAAUUAUUUUGCAAAUGUAGGUUCCCCCCCUGGACUAGACCGUGCCCAUGACCGACUGAACGACCCAUGACCGAGCAAGACCCACCGACUGGCUGACCGCCCAACCGAUUACAGACUUCAACACAAAUGCACAAAUAAAUACUUUGUCAUACACAUUUUAAACAAAAUCAGUGUAGUAAUUGAAACAUGGACUGUAAUAGACUCACAGCAAAGUGCAUUCCCUUCUUGGUACAGUAGGUUUUUGUUUGUUUUUUUUGUUCAAGUUUUUAAAAAGGUCUGUACUGCAUUCCACAUUACACUGGCAGCGUUACAUUUUUAUUAUUUAAAUGGAUAACAAUCAUGUCUACAUUUUACUGUCACCUCCACUUUUAGUCACCAACAAAACAUUCUCAGCACUGUAACUAAGACAGUACAGAGGUACUGACAGAUCAUGGCAUUUUCAUAACAAUAUCACACAAAGAAAAAUCAUUGUAAAAAAAAAAGAAAGUAUUUUUUUCACCGUUUCUACAGAUUGUUACACUCGUACAUUUUAAAUGUCAUAUUCUCCCACUGUGUCCCAUGGCCCUCUUUUUAAUUUCUUUGUUUUGGUAUGGCGUGUUUUGUGGAAUAGGGGUGUUCGUCUGGCCACUUUUUAUGUGUAUUUUGAGAAUCAUUGUCGAGUUAACGAAAGGCCUCUAUGCAUCUUGUCAUCAUGAAGUAAAUAGAUAUUAUUAUAGGA